UAGAUUUUAUAUUUUUGUCAAUUUCAGUGUUUACUCAAGAUGCCGCAGUUCAAAAGAAAAGUGGCAUUUAGUGGGAAGAAGAAAAAAGAGCAAAUACAUGCUCGUAGAGCAAGGAGAAUGCAUACUAAUGCUGAUGAUGACAAUGCUGAUUUCCACACAACUGAAGCUUCUAUUGCAUCACCUGAAGAGGGCAUGGAUUAUCAGGAAGAAGUUUUGGCUAUCAAUUACCAACCUGGUGUGAAUGCUAGGGUUAAUAGAUACAAUUUGAAAUUCAGAAAGGAAAAAGCAGCUGAAAAAGAGAAGCGUCAAGCUCUUCAUAGUAAGCCAGUAACUUUGUUGUCAGAGAAUGAAAUGGAAACUGGUACAGAAUGUUUUUAUCCUCCUGGGUUAAGUUAUCCGUCCAGACCACCCUGGAGAUCAAAUAUGUCUAAAAAGGAGUUGGACAUGAAUGAAAAUAAGUACUUUAGACUGUUCUGUGAAAAAAUUGACAAAGAAUUUUCAAAGACUAGUCUUAGUAUGUAUGAACUAAAUUUAGAAACUUGGCGACAACUAUGGAGGGUGACAGAAAUGUCAGACAUAAUGCUGAUUAUUGUAGAUGCCAGGUUUCCAGUUGCACAGUUUCCUCCAUACCUUUACCAUCAUUUAGUGGAAAAAGAAAAUAAAGGAAUUAUCCUCAUCAUGAACAAGGCUGACCUUCUGCCACCAUCCUUGAUCCUAGCAUGGGAGCAUUAUUUUGCUCAACACUUUCCAAAGUUAAUCGUCGUUCCAUUCUCCUCUUUAGAAGGGUACAAAGGCAGGAAAUGCCUAUUAAGGAUGGCUGCUGAAAGUGCUUUAUGUUUAGUGGAUGCGUGUCAGAAAUUAGUUGAUGAUUCAGUGAACCUAAAGCCUUGGAGAGAAAAGAUUGAAGAGGAGAGAGACCUUGCAAGUGGUGACGAUCAGUCUGUUGACAUUCAGGAAACAAAUGUUGUCCAUUCACAAAACACUGCACCGGAGACGUAUCAGCGAUAUAGAGAUGGAAUCUUGACUAUUGGUACUAUUGGACACCCAAAUGUUGGAAAAUCAUCUUUAAUUAAUGCACUUAUGGGAAAAAAGGUUGUAAGUGUAAGCAGAACACCAGGUCAUACCAAACAUUUUCAGACGAUUUUCCUGACAAAGAAUAUUAAACUUUGUGAUUGUCCUGGUUUAGUGUUUCCAUCUACUGUGGACAUGCCUUUGCAGGUUCUACUUGGAAGUUUUCCUGUUGCACAAGUUCGUGAUCCAAUCGGUGUGGUACAUUAUAUAGCGUCGAGAUUAGAUGUGCCAAAAAUUCUCAAGUUGCAUCUUUCAGAGGGUGAUGAGGAUUCAGAAUGGACGAGUUAUUUGAUAUGCAAAGCUUGGGCAGAAAAACGUGGAUAUCGAACAAAAUCUCGAGGUGUUGAAGAUGCAUCACGGGCAGCAAAUGAAAUUCUUCGCUUUUGUCUUAAUGGCUACAAGUCUCUUGUUAUUUAUCAAAGGCCACCAGGAUUUUCAAAUGAUAAAGGAAAAUAUGAAUCAGCCUCUGAGAUACAUAGGAUAAAGUUGAUUCAAGGAGUCCAUUCUGAUGCACAAGAAGAGCUCAGUCAAGAUGAAGAGGAAGAAAAUGUGGAAGAAAACGUGGAUACAGUAAGUGAAGAGGAAAAAGAAGAGAAAGAUGAAAGUAAUGAAGAAAGUGAAGACGAUGAUUACGUUCCUAUUUCAGCAGUACAGAAUAAGUUUGCCCUGUUAAAUGAUGAAGAUUAAAAGAGUAUUAAGUCAAAACCAUAUGAAAAUUUUAAGAACUUUUCAUCUUGCAAAAUAUAUAUAGUCAGAUGGAAUUUUUAUGAACAUUCAAGCAGAAUUACAUCACUAGCUUUUUUCCUAUUAUUAUUUACAUAAUCUUGAUCAAUGGUUGACUGUUAUUGAUAUUUCAUAUAUUAUAUGAAAAGUUUGUUAUCAUGUUACACCUUGGAAUACUCUAUUUCAUUAUACUGUUUAAAAAAAAAAAAGCAAAAC